AUGGCCACUGCUAACAUCCCCUCCAUUGCCGUGGUGGCUUCAUCGCGUGCCGUUAUCUCCGGUCGUCUGACCUCUGCUACUGUGGUCAUCUCUCAAACCACUGGGAAGAUUACCGCCGUCUUUGAUUCCGUCAUCCCGGCAUCGGAAUUCCCCGAAGGCACACCUUAUACCGAUUACUCGCCUUAUGUGCUUUUGCCUGGACUGGUCGACGCUCACGUUCACCUGAAUGAGCCUGGCCGUACCGAAUGGGAGGGCUUCUACACCGGUACCCAGGCUGCGGCCUUUGGUGGUGUGACCACUGUUAUUGAUAUGCCGUUGAAUGCUAUCCCUCCCACUACUACCGUGUCUGGCUUGAAGGAGAAGCUCAAGGCUGCUCAGGGCAAGUGCUGGGUGGACGUUGGUUUCUAUGGUGGUAUCAUUCCCGGCAAUGCUGGUGAACUCCAGGGUCUUGUGAAUGAGGGUGUUCGUGGCUUUAAGGGUUUCCUGAUUGACAGCGGUGUUGAUGAGUUCCCCGCUGUUACUCAAGAGGAUAUCAAAAAGGCUAUGGUUGAGCUGGCAGAUGCGCCCACCACGCUCAUGUUCCACGCCGAAAUGGUCCCGCCUAUCACCAAGUCUGUGGGCGAUGAGGUCCAAAGCUCCGAUCCUCCGGCAGCCCCGGCUGGCCCACUGGAAGCCUACUCGACUUUCUUGGCCUCUCGGCCUUCAGAGUUCGAGACUUGUGCCAUCGAGAGUAUUAUCUCUAUGGCUCACCUUGCCCCCAACCUUCAGUUGCACAUUGUCCACCUUUCUGCAAUGGAGGCUAUUCCAAUUCUGCGGGAAGCCCGUGCUCGGGGUGUGAAGAUCACUGCUGAGACCUGUUUCCACUACUUGUCACUGGCCGCUGAGCAAGUACGGGACGGUGACACUCGUCACAAGUGCUGCCCGCCUAUCCGCUCCCAGUUGAACCAGGAUGGUCUAUGGGAAGAGUUGGAGAAGCACACUGGUGACGGUGUCAUCAAGACCGUCGUCUCUGACCACUCCCCCUGCACUCCUGAGCUGAAGCAGCUUCCCUCUCACGUACCUGGUGCCAUUAAGGGUGCCAAGGAAGAAAAGGGUGACUUCUUCUCUGCCUGGGGUGGUAUCUCCUCCGUUGGUCUGGGUCUGCCCAUUCUCUGGACCGAGCUCAGUCGUCGCAAGGGUCUGACUCCCUCCCCCGAGGACGUGAACACCAGGAACGCCUUGCAAGAUGUCGUCCGUCUUUGCUGCGCCAACACCGCCGCCCAGGUCGGUCUGGAGACCCAGAAGGGUGACUUGCGCCCUGGUUUCGACGCUGAUAUCUGUGUCUUCGACGACUCUGCUGAAUGGACCGUCGAGCCUAGCACCAUGCUCUUCCGUAACAAGUGCUCCCCCUACCAGGGCCGCACCUUGCGCGGUAUGGUCCGUGAGACUUGGCUUCGUGGCGAGCGCAUCUUCAGCCGUGAGGACAACUUUGGCGAGAAGGCCCCGGCUGGAAAGUUGCUCCUUGAGAAGCGCGUUUGA